CACUUGAGCUAGCCUCACAUGGUUAUAAAAGAGCAGUACUUAACCCAUACUUUUUCUAACUUCCAAUUGCUUUUUGGCGGCGCCUACCAAAAAAAAUCAAUGCAAGAGCAAGAGAGUUAUUACAACAUGUACAUUUAUAUAUUAAAUAUGAAAUCAUGUUACAACUUGCAUAUACAUAUAUAUUUAUACACGUAUACACUCUAUUUAUAUCACAUACCUCCCCUCUAUCCCUUUCAACACAUUCCACAAAAACACCCCACAAAAGAAGAGUACCUAAACUUCUUCAAAAAAAUGGCUAAAUACCAUAAAAAUUUCAUCUUCACUAUCUCUCUUCUCUUAUCUUACUUAUCUUUAAGCAUCUCUUAUUAUGAUCAUCAUAAUAAGUGUUCAUUUCCUAAGGAGUGUGGUAAGGCUAAGACUAGUGGCAUGUUUGUGUUUGGAAGCUCUUUGGUUGAUAAUGGCAACAAUAAUUUCUUCGAAAAUAGGGCAAAAGCAGAUUAUUUGCCCUACGGAAUGGACUUCCCAAAUGGCCCAUCUGGGAGAUUCACAAAUGGGAAGAACAUAAUCGAUUUGCUCGGCGAACAUCUUAAGUUACCGAUUGAUUUCAUUCCUUCUUUUAAAGAUCCUUCUACUAAAGGACUCAAAAUUGUUAAUGGUGUUAAUCAUGCUUCUGCUUCUUCUGGCAUUUUAGAUGACACUGGCAUCAUUGCAGGCAAUGUAACAAGCUUGAGGCAACAAAUAAAAGACUUUGAAGAGGAGAGUUUACCAGAAUUGGAAAAUGUAUUGGGUUGCACAACCAAUGAUUCACUUCCAAACUACCUGUUUGUGGUUGGAGUUGGAGGAAACGACAUCGUUUUCAAUUAUUUUCUUAGGAAAACUUAUCUCACUAUGGAUCCUCCAACCUUCACCAAAAAUCUCACUGUUGUUUUAGCUCAAUAUAUUCAGAAGCUGUACAAUUUAGGAGGAAGGAAAUUUGUAUUAACAGGAGUAUUUCCAUUGGGAAAUUAUCCAUUGGUAAAGCUUAACAUGCCUAAUUGUGAUUUUUGUGUCACUCUCCUAAACCAAGCUGCUCAACUCUUCAACACCAAUUUGGCUUCAAUGGUGGCACAAUUAAGAACCCAAAUGCCCGGUUCUCACUUCGUUAUCAUCAAUACUUAUAACAUUCUCAAUCAAAUCUUAUCCGAUCCCGCUCCUGAAGGGUUUAUAAACACAACAAAUAGUUGUUGCCAAGUCUUGUCCCGCCUUCAAGGUGGAAUAAAUGGAGUUGUAUGUGAAAGAGGUGGAGAAACAUGUGAAGAUAGGAAUAAAUAUGUGUACUUUGAUGCCUUGCAUCCAACUGAGGCUGUAAAUGUUCUCAUUGCAAAUCAAGCCUAUGCUUCUCAUAACAAACUUAUGGUUUUUCCAAUUAAUGUCCAACAACUCUCUCAAUUUUAAAUUAUUAUUAAUACUUAUAAUAAUCGAAAUUAAAGAAAGAAUACUUUUCCCAGUGCAUUUAAUAAAUAUAUCAAAGUCUUACUAUAAGUAUGUAAUGUGAUCAAAUGGCUUAUUUAAAUAUAUGGUUAUGAUGGA